CACAUGAACAUGCACACAUCAUGAAAUUCAUUCUAUUUCGCCAUGGCCAUUCCCUGGCUAAUCAGGAAUCUAGGAUCGUAUCAUCACUCGAGAACGGUGCUCGAACCUCCGGCGGACCAUUAGGAACAGGCUUUGGUUUGUCAGAUAGAGGCAAACAAGAGGUCGCAUCGUCAGCAAGAUCAUUGUCAAACUUCAUUCUUGAAUCCACCAAGGCAGGUCAGAAAGCUAAGAUCAAGAUCUUGACCUCACCAUUUCAAAGAACAAUCCAAACUGCCAGUAUUAUCCUUCGAGAGCUUCAGACGACCUUUAAAAAAAGUAAGGAAGCCGGAUCACCAGAAACCACCCGCAUGAUCGUGAUGGAAAAUAAAGAUGAACCGGAAUUAUGUAUGGAUUUGAGAGAGCGAUUCUUUGGAGAGUUUGAGAUGAAAACACCCUCAGACGAAUUGUACGCGAGGGUCUGGCGCGAGGAUGCCUUUAAUCCUUUUCAUGAGCGAUAUGGAGUAGAGAGUGUCGUGAGUGUGACGAAACGAAUGACGGAUGUUAUUCGAGACCACGAAUGCAAAGAAAUGAAAAAUCGCGAGGUAUCGUCACCAUUGUCGAGUCUUCCGGAUGAACAAGAGCAAGAGCACGGGGAGACAUGGAUCGUUUUGGUGAGCCAUGGCGAUUCCCUUCAGAUCCUACAGGCAGCCAUGCAUGGCCUGAGCGGUGAUCGUCAUCGACAAUUGGAUCAUUUGGAUACCGCCUGUUGGAGAGACGUACAGUGGUGCGAAGCGUUAGCAGAGGCACAUCAUCGCUAAUCAGAAAAAAUAUCUAGAAUACAUGAAUAAGAGACAUAUACGGAUUUCAUCCGCAAACAGCAUACAUUGGACCUAUGAAGCUCAUUGUUUGGAUAUGCCGCUUGGUAAGCAGCAUGGUUCUCAUGGCUACUUAGUCUGGAAACUAUAUUCGUAAUUAUGGCUUGAAUUAUUAAAUACAAAAAAGGAUGCU